GGGAGAACUUGCUUGCUGUCCCAACUUUUUUGUCCGGGAUUGUGGCUUGCCUCCCAAAAUAAAGCUCGUUCAAUGCAAUCUCGUGAAAUACUCGGUUGUAAAUGCGCUUAAGCUUGAUUAUAACUUUCUGCCCUCGAGGACCUUCAAGGGUAGAUGUCCUGAAAAUAUUUCCGCUUGCAGAUCCUACUGAUACUUUACUUACUUCGGGGUUUUUGCGAAUUCCGCAUUUCCAAGAAUUGUGCGAAACCGCAUUUAGUUUGAGCAGCGGGUAGCCCCCAGAGAGUUCGAGCAGACGGUGGCUGACUUUGUGGUUAGUAUAAAGAAACAUUAUAAGGAGUGAAAUCGCUAAUGUAGAUGUUUGGAACGCUUCUUUGGCCGUUCAUCUUCUAUCUGGUCGCCAGCUCUUCCAUUCUGGAUCAUAUUUUCUUCUGGCUGUGUCGUUUGAUGCCGGGAGGGAGAAAAUUUGCCACUUUAAAGGCUAGUUGCCCGCCGAGUAUUCGAAGUCUUCAGAACGCCGUGCGAGGUUAUCGGAACGGAUCUCCUCCAUCUAGUGGUGGAAUACAUUCGAUUUCUUCAUUAUUGACAAUACCUCCAUUGUACCACUACCCUCAUCCAAAUUUGCCUGUGUUUACCUCAAUGGGUUUCGAAGUCCUAUUCCUUUGCUAUCUUGUCAGCGCUCUUGUACUUCAACAUGUCAAUAUCUACAAAACGAAUAUUCACAUGGUUGACGUACACCUCAUGUGGUUUGUUGCUGUUUUCCUAAGCCGAAGAGUCGUGUGGCAGGUUCUUGGACAGACACUGGCUUCAGAGGUGCUUUACACUGUUAAGUAUUUUGUUGGUGUUUUCAUGAAGGGUGCAGCACUUCUCACACUUGUGUCAGGCUUUGCAUGGUUGUCAUGGAGACUUAUUCAGCAGAACAGCAUUCAGAAUUGUCUCUUCCUCUGUUACCCGUUAGUGAUGUACUUAUUUACAUUUGGCUUCACCUUGGACCCUCAAGGAAGUAAAGUAAUGCUUAAACUAAGCCCUCAUCAGGAGCUAGGACCUUUAUCACAGCUACAGCUGUUACAAAGCAGUCUCCUCGAUAAAGGUAUCAUGGUGAAUGGAAACGCUAAACAGGAAAUUCCAGCGCCACAGCCGUGUUCUCUGCCACCUGACGCCGUCCGGUACGAAGCCGAAUGCCUACGGACAGAUUUUAAUCUUCGAAUAAAACAAGUUCUGUUUCAGUCACUUGUAUGCGCGUAUUAUGUUGGUUUUAUUCCAAUGAAGUUUUCAGAGCAACAUUACGUGUAUUACGACAUGUGGUGGGCUUGUCAACACACGCUGUUUGUAUGGCUGAGUUCUCUUCUAAUGCUUAUGAUGUUUCUGUUACCGCUCAACUACUGUGACGCCCUACACAAGUGUGCACUGCAUCUUGGGGGAUGGGAGAGAUAUCCAUGCGGGCACCGAGACACGCCGCACGUAUGGUCAGCAUUAACAGUAUGGCCCCAGGGGGUCCUAGUACGACACGGUAAACUACUUUACAGAGCGCUUGGUAUCCACAAUGUAGCUAUCCCAGGAGACUCGCAUCAUGGGAGAUUUUUUUUCAUGUUUGAAUCUCCUUUGCGACUUAUUAACUGGAUGUCUGCAGUUCUCCUCUUACUCGUCCUAUAUCAACUCUUUAUGAUCACGCGGUCCCAUUCUUGGCACCAGCUCCUCUCGGUCACAGGGCUUCUGGCGUUUAACUACCUGAUACUCUACCGGCUUUUCCGGGAUCGCUGGGCACUCCAGGCAGUGGUGCGAGAGAGAACGGGAAGUUGAGCCCCUAAUUAUAGACCUGCUAUAUCGGUUUGAAGUGCGAGAAUUCGAUUAGUUAUAACGGAUGUGGUAUUCAGGCGUAGUGUGUCACAAUAUUUUCUCUCUUUAUACUUACAGUUACCAUUUCUUUCUAUCGCUAUAUGCUAAGCUAAUAUAUUGUUCUUCUUUCUACACAUUAUUCUUUUAUUUCGCUUUAUCGUUUUCCAGUUCUUUUUCCUUAGUUCGUGAGCUUAAGGGAGGUCUGCAUUUGAAUCUCUUUUCAACUGCUUUUGAACCAUUUCCUAACAUAGUUUCUCUGCGGUAAACAAGCUUAUGUUUUCGAGGAAUUCCGCAGCUUUGAAGGUUUAUUUAUUAUUUAUUAAAUAUCGUGGAUACAAAAAUGAUAAAAUGAUAUACAAGGAUACAGUAGAGCCUUCUUGUGAUAUUCAAUUAACUCUUCAAGAAAAAUAACAUUUAAAGUACCUGCUUCAAAGAAUGGCAGUGAACCUUGUUCGCUUUAAAAUAGUCUUGCCGCGAAAAACUGAGGGUGGGCAAGGAUUCAUCGGUUCCUUUGACGCACCUUAGACCACUGAUCUUGACCCAAAUCAUACCAAAGGAACGCACCCUUUAAUCGGUUGACGUAUUCUAAAUCGUCGUUUUGGUUCGGCGUGUUUUAAAUUGACGUCUGAUCUCUUCUCUUGUAGUCUUUGUUCUCCGCUAAAUUCUGGAUUUGACAGUGUUUUACGGCUUCUCGUUAUAGAAAAUUUAUCCCCAUCGCUUCUCCUUGAGCAACUGCCCACUUCUAUCCUAAAAUCAUUUUUUUCUUCCGAAAUGCAGCUCUUCUAGUUGAACUUGGCUGAUAGUUACCCCUCUGGUAGCAUUAUCAAUAUGCGAUGGAUUCUCCACAUUUCCUACAAAUUCGCAUAAUUUAAAAGCGAACUAAAAAGAUUUAUUUUGGGCAAUCAUUCGUCAUUUAACAGGUCUGCGUGUAAUUUGGAAUAUCGCGAACGAUAAGAAAUCGAACAUUUUGACGCAAGUGUUUUCAAACCAUAAGUUUCUUUUCAAAGCAAGAUAUGGCUAUCGCCUGCAAACGCACUCCGUUGUAGCUAGUCGCAUUCCAUCUGCAACUAUCGGCUCCAAAGUUAACUGUAGAACAAAGUUUGUUUUAAUGUCACAACUGGUAAUUUAUAGAAUAAAAAGGUAUUCAUCUGAGAGAA